CCUUGGAACCGAGAGGAGGCGGUUUCUGUUUCUUUAAAGCCUCCGGAGGAGGAGGAGGAGGAGGAAGAGAGGGUUCCUCGGCCCGCCUCCCGGGCACCCUCCGCCUAACUCUGUACGCCACGACCUUUCGCAGCCGCCGCCUCCAAAGGACUCGCCGCGACGCCCCCUUUACCUUCCUUGCGCCUGACGUUAUCGGGGCGGGGCUGUUUCAGGCUGACGGUGUUGUGGGCAUCAGGUCCCGACGUGUGCGCGUGUUUUCUUCCGGCAUGGUGGAAAUUCCCGGCCGGAGCUGGGGCGAGGGAUCGGGGACCCCGAGCGGCCGCUGUGCGCGUCGGUGAGAGGCGGCUGCCUGGGGCGGCGUGUGCGUAAUGGAGCUGCCCGGCGCCGGAGGAGCGGGAGUCUAGCCCGAGCCGGUCCACGCGUCUGCCGGCGCCCUCCGAAUCCUGCCACGCCGAGAGCCUUCCAGAACCCGGAUCCUUUGCGCGCGCGCGCGCACGUUCUGGAGCUCUGGCCCCUGCGCCUUCGGGGAUGACGGUGAGCCAGGCCCUGCUGUCGCUUCUCGUGACCUGCGGCUUGCUCGGGAGCCAGCCCCAGGCCGGCUGGGGCCAAGAGCCUCAGACCCCAGACUGGAGGAUGACGCUGAAGACCAUCAGGAACGGCGUUCACAAGAUCGACACUUACCUGAACGCGGCCCUGGAUCUCCUGGGAGGAGAGGAUGGUCUCUGUCAGUAUAAAUGCAGCGAUGGAUAUAAGCCUUUACCCCGCUAUGGCUAUAAACCAUCACCACCCAAUGGAUGUGGUUCUCCCCUCUUUGGAGUUCAUUUUGACAUUGGAAUUCCCUCCAUGACAAAAUGCUGCAACCAGCAUGACAGGUGUUACGAUACCUGUGGAAAUGAAAAACAUGAUUGCGAUGAGCAAUUUCAAUAUUGCCUUUCUAAAAUCUGUAGAGAUGUACAGAAGACAUUAGGAAUACCAGAGACUGUACAAGCCUGCGAAUCAACAGUGCAACUAGUAUUUGAUGCAGUUAUACAUUUAGGGUGCAAACCAUACCUUGAUAGUCAAAGAGCUGCAUGCAUGUGUCAAUAUGAAGAAAAGAGAGACCUUUAAAGAAGCUUAUGACCUUCUACACAGCUUAUGCAGAUCCAUCGGUAUUGGAAGAAGCCUUUUGUUACAAAGCUGUGCAAUACAUUCAGUUGAACAUGAAGAUGCUCUACAUCUCUGUAAAAGACACUAAUUUUGUAAGUUUUUUGUAUAGCACUUCUUCCCUCCACCAUUUUUGCAUACAUUUGCAAUCUUUUAAGGAUCUUUUGCACACUUUUUAAAAGAUAAAUGUAAUAUUUUGAUAACUGGCCUUUAGAGUGGUACAAUUAUGAGUGCUGCUCUGAAUUGAAGGAGGUGAACACCACUAAACGCUGCGUGGAUAAUAAAAAGUAGGUCAAACUGUGGUCUUACCAGCAAUCAAUAUCUCUUCAGUGCCUCAAGAAAAAUGCCUGGAAAACAGACAUGGGUAAUGUUUGCAAUUUGAUUGUCUUAUAGUGGGGUAUUUCUUGGAAUAGAUUCCCUCUCUGCUUGUACAGUCCUAUCCAUGUUUAAUUGGAAGUAAGCCCCAUUGUGUUCAUUGGGCUUGAACCCUAGUAAAUGUUCCCAGAAUUGCAGCCUUACAUGGCAGUCCUGUAUACAGUUGUGGGAGUAAGCAUAGGAUUGCCCUGAACAUCUACUACCUGUCAUAGUAUGUCAGAUUCAACUUGAUGUUUUGGGAUCACUGAAAUCACAUGGAAGGUAGUUCUGAAAGCAUUUAUAUAACUGUGUCUAUGAUAUUUAAGUGCCUUAAGUGCUUACAGGAUUUAAAACCAAACAUUUUAAAUACAUUUUAAAUACUUAAGUGACAAAAUCCAGUAGUUUACACAAUGACUUUGUAGUAUGUAUCAAGUCUCAACUGCCAAGACAAUAAAAGAGCUGUUAUAUUGUGUGCAACAGAUGUACCUUGGCAUGUACUUCUUAGCCUGAACAAUGGAAAUAUCAGCCUGAACAAUGGGCAUUUGUCAUUCAGUGUGUGGAACAUUUUCCUAUCAUAUCCCCUUGUUAUUUCUUAGGGUUAUGGUACGGCUUUGGCAAUUGUGCAAGGCCUAUUUUCCAUUUGAUUUUUUAAAAAAUUUAUGUGUCUGCACUUUUCCGUUUGACUGUGAAAUAAAAAAAUCUUCUCUAAAUUUAUUUUUUUAUGGUACUUUAAAAAAAUGAAGCUAUUCCUAGGGACAAACCUUAGGUCUAGCUAUGGCCUAUGACUGCCCCAAUAAAAGCAAUGGACUAGCUGUCCUGUUAAUUUAAAGGCACAGCUAACUUCAGCAGGAUUGAAACCUAUAGAUUUUUGUAUAUUGUCUUUGGGCAUCAAAACAUUUUUUGUGCCAAAGACAGUCUUUUAUGAAACAAUGUGAAUUUUGAAUACAGAGCAUGAUUCUCCCUGAAGUAUCUGAACACAGAAACACUACAAGUUGUUGAAUUAAAUUACUUGAAAAGUGGUCUAUAUUUUCUUCUGUAGUCUUUAUUGAUGAAGCAUAAGAGAAUUUUUAAAGGUUUUAAAGUGAAAAUACUACUGAAAAUACUACUGUAUCUAUUGUGGGGGUGGGUGGGUAGGGGUGGAGAAACAAAUUAAGGAGCCAAAGCUGAGUCUAUGUCAUGUAAUUUUUCUGUUAAUAAAAAUUAACUGA